CAUGUGUAUUGACGGAAUGUCCGGUUGCGUGGCCUCGGAGAUGAGCAGCCUGGGCACGGGCGAUGCUUUGCAAGGACGUCCCUGAAGACACCAGGGCGCCGUUGCCCGAGGAUGAGAUGUCCAUCACGCCUGCAGGCCCUUCGGAGGGGUCUGGUGGUGCACUUGACGGCAUCGCUGCUGUCCCUCGUCUUCUUGCUGAUUGCCGGUGGCCAGGAGGACACUGUGGUGCGCUGUGACCUUCUGGGAUUAUGCAUAGGCCUCGGGCUGUUCGUGGCGUUCCUCGCCUACAGCCUGGGUGUGGCAACUUAUCGUCCCGCUGACGCGUCCGGCGCGGUUUGGGCGGCCUUCAGGUGCAUGCUUGCCGGCUGCACCUCUACCUUCAUGUUCCUGGGCCUCACCAGCUGCGCCCCACUGGUUCUGCUGCAGUUGCUCACCCUCCUCGCUGCGAGCUGCUGCGCGUAUGGCGUGGAGAAGGGCCUUCUUGGCGGCUGGAAGGAUUCCGCGGGGGUUUGGCGGCGUCUUUUUGGCUGCGCAGCUGGGGGCGUGACCUUAUGGAUCCUGGCAUACUGCGUCCUCUUGCUGCACAAGGAGCGCGACGGACGCGUUGCGUGGCUUUCUGCUGCUCUGAGCCGAGAGGAACACCUGGUGCUCUUCAGCUUUGGGGGUUUCGUCCUCAGCGCCGGGCUCUGGUUCCUGGCGCGGCUGCUGCCAUUGGAGCUAGGUGAGGCGAAGACGUCUGGAGAUGGCAUGAGCCAAUGCCCUACCAAGGAGGAGCCGAAGCCAGAGAUGGAGGUCGAAACUCAGGAGCUGGAGCAGAUCCCAGAGGCCACUGAGACAGAGGAGGCAACAGUAGAGGUGGUGGCCAUCCCCAGCGAGCCAGAAGCGGCCCCCAGCGAGGAUCUGGAGAAGCCCAUGCCAACGCCGGCUGCAGGCGCCAUGCCGUUUCCCUUCCCACGGGGACCAUCGAGGCCGCGCCGCGGGGAGGCGUGGGGCUCCCCGAAGCGCUCGGUGACCAACAGCAGUCUCACCUCGGUGCCAGAAGCUGACGAAGCUUGCGAAGACGCAGGGCCAGGACGCGAGCGCGAAGAACCCCAGGCGCCCUUGCGCCUGAACGUCACCUCCUUCCUUGCGGGCCUACCGCCUGCCGCGGUUCAGGUGCAAGAGGAGCUCCCUCUGGAGCCGGAGCCAGCUUCCGCCACGCAGACCUUGGAAGAGGUCGCCCCUUCGGGCGCGGAGCUUGCGGCGCCCGCCGCGGCGGCGCCAGCCGCGCCACAUCCGCGACGAUCUGCCGGGCGGUGGCAAAGAUGCCUAUGCAGCCGCGGACGGGGGAAAGCCGCCCUGCGCCGCGCGCUGCUGUCCCUGGCGGCCCACCUCACCGCCGGCCUGGCGCUGCUGUUGGCAGGCUACAUUUUAGUCGUUGCUCUGGCGCUGCUGUCUGCCAAGCUCCUCUUUGGACUCGCCAGGAUGGAGCCACGUCCCUUGGAGCCGUUGACGGUGGAGGCUCAGAGACCGCCCUCGGUAACCACAUCUCCAUCCAACUCGCCCUUGGCGAAGGUCUCGGAAUCUUACGCAGCUUCUUGGGGUUUCUUUCCCAGCCCAGAACGCAGCGAGGAUGCGCAAAAGCUUGGCAUGAUGCCCGCAGUGCCAGAGGAGGAUGCCGAGCCAAAGUCAGAGGGAGUCGACCUGUGGCAACUCGGAGUGCCUGAGCCAAAAGCUCAACCCGCAGGCGAAGCUGAUGCGCAAGGAGUCGACGCUUUGCGGUGCCUUGCUCGCCCCGAUGGCCGGCCAGCUGGGCGGCGCAGCGGGCGCCCGGAAGGGGAGGUGCCUGGCGAGCCUUUGCCUGCCGAGCCUCCAGAGACUGGCAAGGGGCUGGAGAGGCCCGCAGGCGCCAGCACUGGACCUGAAGGCCUUGCGCGGUCCCAAAGUCGGACCCGCGAGUCGGAGCACUUCCCACACUGCCCCUCGCCCGGGGCGUCGCCCUCCAUCAACGCGCUGCUCUCGGAGGAGUCCUCAACCACUGGAGGCUCGCUGGGGGCAUUCGGCAAUGCGCGGAGAAACCGGCGCCGCGGUUUCCAGCCCUUGGCCCUGCUCGGGCCGCCGGUGAUUUUUGUGAUCGUCCUUUGCCACGCAGCCUUGCUCUUCUUUAUCUUUGUUUUCGACUUGGUGUUUAUUGAGAAGUAUACCACCUCCAGCCUUUCUCGCCGGGUCAUCCUGGCGGCGGAGAACGCCACCUGUGCGAACAGCCACCGCCUGCCUCCGCGGGCCUUCUUCCGGCGCCCGGGCGACUGCGCCCGCGCGCUCGCCAGGUCGACGGCUUUCGAAGCCUUCUCCCUGGGCCCUGCAGAUGCGACUGGUCUGCGGGGCUGCUAUCCGCAAGAUGGCCCCCGAGACCAGGACCUGUCCGACCUCAGCUCCUUCUGCCCGUGGAUGCGGAACCCUGGGUUCGACUUCUUUGUGCUGGACACGCGCCGUCCCUGUGGCAUCUUGGGGCGCGGAACGUCCCUCUCGCCCGACGCUGUGGCGUUUGCCCAUGGCAUCUCUGAUGACCUCGCGGCGGUGUUUGCACCAUGCAGCUUUUGUGGCGGCUUGCAAGCCAUGGUGGAUUUGGCGCGGUUUUUGCUCCAUGCAGAUGUCGCCUUGGAGCAGUUCCUCUUGAAGCUGCGCAGCCUGCACCGCCUGCUCAGCGCAUCGGCGGCUCUGGGGGCGGUGUCUGCAGCUCUGCUGCUGGCGCUCUUUGACGUCUACACCUUGCUGGCCCUGGGCCGGGAGGGACUGCUGCUCCGCCGCAGCGGCCUGCUGCGCUUCGCCGCCUGCGCCACCGCGGGGCAGGCGCUGGAGCAAGUCGUGAUUCUCCUGCUGCACUGCGUGCUGAUGGCGGGGCUUUCUUUCCAACUAGAACUGGCCAACGAUCUCUGGCCCCAGUUGCACUGCGCAAAGCGGACGGAGCCUUUAGAGGGCCACGCCUGGCACGUGCCGUUGCGCUGGACUGGCUCGGUGCUGGUGUGCUUCGCUGCCGCCAUCUCUAUCCUCUUCGCGGUGGUCUUGAUGGGCGGCUUCGCCUACCGCUUGCCGUCCGCUUGGCUGCCGGCACGUUGGGCGGUGCCGUUGAUCUACAACCUGAAGCUUGCACGCUUCGCUGGCUCGAGGCAGACGCUGGCAGUCCUCGAAACACCGGGCAGGCUGAUGCUGUGCCCCUGGCUGGGGCUCUUGGCCUCGCUGGGCUUUUGGCACCGCUCCACCUGCCGGGCCUUUCAGGUGGUGAGGCGCCAAGAGUGGUAUUUGCCAGCGAUUUUCAGCGCCGACGGCUCCGUCUUUCCUGCCGACUGCGUCGGCUGGAACGCUGUGGCCAGCGCAACCGUGCAGAGUUUAUCCGUGGCCUGGCUGCUGCUACCCUACGGGGCCCUCAUUGCACGGGCCUGCCUGUACCUCAACGAGCGCAUAAUUUUUGCCUUCGGGGACGACGGCGGCGGCUCGGCGGACGAGCCGGACCAGCUUCUGCGACAUGUCAAAGAGGACACGGGCCUGGCAUUGCACGCGCUGCGCUGGGCGGCGGCGGUGGGACACCUCGUGACGAUAUUGCUGCUCGCGUCGGUGGAUUUUCUGGACUUGCCCCACCAGCCCCGGGAAGCUUUGAUUCGGAACCUGGUCCUGACAGGCGCGGUGCUGAGUUUGCUGCGGGCGGUGCUGGCCACGGCCUCGAACCUGCGGAGCUUCCUGCAGCGCCGGGCGCUGGUGACAGCCUGCAGCCAGCUAGUGCAGGACUCCUUGUGCUUGCGGGUGGUGCAGAGCAACACCUGGAACCAGCUGAAGACCCACCCGAGGUCCCGCAGUGAGGAGCAGGCAGAUGCCCUGGGCAUCCGACCUCCAGGCCACUUUGGCAAGAAGUAUCGCCAGGGAUGCCCUCGGGUCUCCGCAAGGACUUUACCCAUCGGUCGAGAGGAUGACUGCCUGCCUGGCCUCAGCGACGCGGAGCGGGAGCGCGUGGUCAUGGCCUGCAGGGAUCUGCUCCAGCUGGAGUGGGUGAAGAAGGGCCAACUGCCCGCAGCGCUGGCCGCGAAGCUCCGCGCCGCCCGCACCGCGCGGUCCUUCCGCGCGGAGGCUCUGCGGCGAGGCCGCGGCCUGGACAACGCUGCUCUGCUGCUGCUUCUCAGGGAGGUAGCGGAGGAGGACAUCUGCGAACAGUUGUGCUCCGCAGAGGCGAAGAGCGUGGUGUGCGAGCACCUGCGCCAGCACUGCACGCUGCAAGCCGGGAAGCUGCAGCUCUGGCUGCAGGCGCAAGCCAAGAGCCAGACGGCGCGCUGGGCGGCCGCCUUGGUGAACUCAGGCGCCAUAGGGGAUUUGCUCGAGGACAUGGGGGAGGCGUUCGUGAGGAAGAAGAGCUCAGAGGAGCAGGCGGCGGCGAGUCGCGAGCACAACGGAGCGUGCAACGCCGGGGGCCCAUGUUGCCGUGAGCCGGUGCCAUACUUGGAUGUUCGGGUUCUGAGAACCUUUCUGGCGCAUGCGGUCACCCUGAGGGACUCCGAGGAUGCCGAGGAGCUGUGUACUGAGCGAACCUGGCAGCUCAAGCCUUCGGACCCUCGGACCUUCGGACCUCUUGCCAUGGCCUUCGCGGUGCUUGCGGCGCUGCUGUUUUUCACGGCGGACGCCUACUUCAGCGCCCACCAGCCCGCGCUCGAGGCGAGCUUCACGCUGCAGAGCGACCGCAGCUGGCACUUGGGCGGCUUUUGCGUCGGCCGAGCGGCGGAGGGCGAGGUGGCAUCCUCUAUCGAGGCCUUGGUGGAGUGGCGCGGCGCGCGGUCUUUGGCUUCCAUGGGCCCGGUCUACUUCGUGGCCUUCGACGGGCGGGAGGACAAGUGGCACUUGGCCCGCCAGAACUGGGACCAGAGCUCCUGCGAGGAGAAGCUGCAGUACGCCACCACGCAUGCCAAGCUGGGGCAGACCCAGGACGCGAGCCACGGCUACAAGGUUCGCAUCUUCCAAACCACCGAGAUCCGCGACUGGCACUUUGCCUUGCUCAGCUGUGGCGAGGUAGAGGAGGCCACCAUCGAGCUGACCCUGGAGGCUGUGCAUGGCACGCUCUCCGUCUUUCAGGCCGACACAAACUUCGACAUCAGCAGCUGCCCCAGUAUGCAGCGCAGCUGGUGGCAGGAAGCUGUCCAGGACGUUGGCUUCUGGGGCGUCCUCGUGCUCGCAGCCCUCACCGGAAGUUGCAGUUCGUUGCUCCUGGCGUCCUGCAAGAAGAAGCAAUUGAAGAAGAUGCCGAGCGACUCGGAGUUGGUGAUCGGCAGGCCCUGCGCUCAUCCUCAGGGAGAGGUGGCAGAGGGUCAGCCGAAGGCUGCGAAAGUGGAGGUCUGAAGUGAGUCCACUAGGCCCCCCAGUAGUGCCCUUUUAAACCUUGUUGGGGGAGGGUUCCCUUACACAACAAAAGGGUACCCUAAUUCUAACCUCUCUACUGGAGGACCUUGUCCAAGUUGGCCAUUUGGGCUGUUCCUUAAAGGAAAAGCCCGGCAAUCAGCCGUCCCUGGGCGCCAUGCGCCUGCACGCCACUUGUUCUCAACCGCGCGUUUCUGCGCGGUUGAUGCCCUGAGGUCAGCCAUUUGGGGAAUGUUUGUUGGUUUCUGUGCCGAU